ACUAGCCGAUAUUUUGUGAUCUUACAAAGUAAAAAUAAAUCUAAAGAAAUGGUUUUGGCGAUCGUCGAUCUCCUGCGCUCACCAUGGACCAUUGUCCUUACACUGGUUUCGUUGGUCGUUUACAAAUUCGUAAUCAAGAAUUGGAAUUUUUUCGAUAAAAUUGGAAUCAAAUAUGUCCGAGGCGCUCCAAUAUUGGGCGUUCAAUAUCAGGUGCUUCUCGGAAAGAAAACUAGCAUGGACACGUUUGUCGAUUUGUACAAGGAACAUUCGAAGGAACAAGUCAUCGGCGCAUAUGACAUUGGCGGUGCGCCAAUGUACGUAAUAAAUGAUAUCGAUAUAGCGAAGAGGGUCACGUCCAAAGACUUUGACCACUUUACGAAUCAUCGCUUUCAUAUCGACAAAGAAGUGGACCCAUUGCUUGGACGAUCUAUGUUUGCCACCAAUGAUCAGGACUGGAAAGAUAUAAGAUCGACAACAAGUCCGGCAUUUACUGGCAGCAAAAUGAGACAAAUGUUGUCACUAAUCAACGAGUGCACCUUCGAUUUGUGCGAUAAUAUAAAAAAUGAAAUUCAGAACAAACACUCGGAUACGUUCGACUUGAAGGAACUGAUGCAACGCUUUGUGGCCAAUACAAUUGCGUCAACAGCAUUCGGUUUUAAAAUGAACUCAUUCCAAGACAAGGACAAUGAAUUUUACAAACAUGGCUAUUCUGCGGCCAAUCUGGACGGCAUCAAAGGCAUGAAAUUCUUUGCAUUCCAGAGCAUUCCGAAAAUCAUGAACUUCUUCAAAAUUCGAAUGAUGCAUGAAAAAGACACCGAGUACUUUCGAUCGAUGAUCCGGCAAAAUAUGAAGUAUCGCGAGGAGAAUAAUAUUUACCGUCCCGACAUGAUACAUUUGAUGAUGGAAGCGAGAAAGGGCUCACUGCAUCACGAUACUACUAGCAACGAUGACAUUGGAUUUGCCACCGUGCAAGAGUCUGACUAUGGCAGGAAUUCUACUAAACAUUUGAAGUUCACUGAAGACGAUUUGGUUGCCCAAUGCAUGAUAUUCAUUUUUGGUGGUUUCAAUGCUGUACCAACGUCUCAAUGUUUCGCUGCAAUGGAAGUGGCAGCCAAUGUUGACAUUCAAGACAGACUGUAUAACGAAAUCAAAUCCGUACAUGAUCAACUAGCUGGACAGCCGUUAACUUACGAACUAUUACAAAACAUGAAGUACAUGGACCAGGUGGUCUGCGAAACUCUUCGCCGCUGGUCGAUUGCUCCAUUUUCAGAUAGAGAAGUUAACAAGCCGUACACGAUCGAAUUGAAAAAUGGCAAAAAAAUUGAAUUAAAGACGGGCGACGGAAUCUGGAUGCCCAUAGCUGGCUAUCACAUGGACGAAAAAUAUUUUCCCAAUCCAAAGCGUUUCGAUCCGGAGAGAUUUAGUGAGGAGAACAAGAAAAAUAUCGUUCAGGGAUCGUAUAUUCCGUUCUCGAUUGGACCGAGAAACUGUGUGGGAUCCAGAUAUGCACUGAUGUUCAUGAAAGUGGCGAUUUACUAUUUAGUUUUGAAUUUUCAACUGGAACUGUGUGAAAAAUCGACAUAUCCCAUUCAAUUAAAGUUGAACACUGCCUUUGUGGACGCCGAUUUUUGGGUUAAACUUAAACCCCGAACUUAGACUGAGUUAAUGUUAAGCUGUACUGAGCAUUGAAGAUAGAAAUAUUAAUUGUAAAUAUACCGCGUAUGAUUCGAAGCACAAAA